AGACCAGAGUUCGUCCGGCAAUCGGCAUCAGUUUCAUUUCGAUCUCGCUGCGCUCAAGAACUAUAGACAUAUCUAAUAUAGGUACAAUAACGCAGGCGCGCGACACCGGUUUUUGCCCAAGUAUCAUCUGCAGUGCCUAAAGUAUCGUCACAUUUUACUCUACAGCAUGGACCGCUGGAAUGGAAAAAUAGCCGUGGUCACGAGGGCAGGAUCUAGUCUCGCUCAGGAAAUUAUCAAGGAACUCAUCAAGUACGGCAUGAUUGUCGUUGGUUUGUCAUUCAGAUAUAAUUCAAUGGAUGAUAUAAAGGAAUUUUUGGAUAUUGAGAAUGCACCAGGAAUAUUUUACCCAAGAGUAUGCAACAUCAAAUAUAAAGAGGACAUCGAGGAAACUUUGAAUUGGGUUAAACAUCAUUUUGGUUCCUUGAACGUUCUUGUCAACAAUACUGGAUACCUGAGUAUUGAUGACAUAACAGAAAUUGACUAUAAUGACUACGUCGAAUCCAAAGAAAUUAGCAUUUACGGCGUCUCCAACUGCGCGAUUCACGCUGCCAAAUUAAUGAAGGACAAUCCGAAGCACGAAAGCCACAUAUUGAACGUAAACAGUGAUAUCAACCUAAGGUUUCCAGAGGAAACGAAAAAGUUCAGCGAUUUUAUCUAUGAGAUGUCGACGAACUUGGUGAGAGACUUCGUCGAGACUCAGGAUAUAUUCUUAAGUUCCAAAACACCUAUUACGGACAUUGUUCCAUUUCCAUUUCAAUUUGAGCCAUCGAAAAUGCCGAUAUUACGCGAAGAAGACGUCGCCGCUGCUGUUAUCUCUGCCCUCAGCACACCGUAUGAUUAUAGUGGUUGCGAAAUAUUAAAAAAGCACAAUUAUGCAUGGAUUAAACCGGUGGGUGAUACAUGACUGAUUUUACUACUAUAUAUUAUAGCAGGCGCAAUCUUACAAGAGAAAAAACUAUACUUUUAUAAAACUGACUUAGCUGUUUAAUAACCGCAAUUACUUGACUUGUUAAUUCGCUGUGUAAUUUUCAUUGCGAUUUGUUUAUAGAUUAUUUUAAUUUACGUAUGUGUAUAUGUAUGUAUCGUCAAGAAUAAGAUUUUAUAUUUUUUCAUUUUAUGGAAUGAAUUAAAUAAUCGCAUUUAUACCGCAUAUGCACAUAACCGAUUUGUAAAUAAUUAAAUAAACAAUUCUAUUUUUAAGAUAUAGUAA